CGUGGGGCGGAAGGGGCGGGGCUGGCGGGAGGCGCGGGCAGCAAGCGGCCGAACAUGUCUGGGGGCAGCAGCUGCAGUCAGACCCCAAGCCGGGCCAUCCCCGCUACCCGCCGGGUGGUCCUCGGUGACGGCGUGCAGCUGCCGCCCGGGGACUACAGCACUACCCCCGGCGGCACGCUCUUCAGCACCACCCCGGGAGGGACCAGGAUCAUCUAUGACCGGAAAUUCCUGAUGGAGUGCCGAAACUCCCCUGUGGCCAAAACACCCCCGAGGGACCUGCCUACCAUCCCUGGGGUCACCAGCCCUACCAGUGACGAGUCCUCCAUGGAUGCCAGCCACAGCCACCUGCGCAGCAGUCCAGAAGACAAGCCAGCAGGUGGUGAAGAGUCACAGUUUGAGAUGGACAUUUAAGGGACCAGACAUCAGACGGAGUGGUGCUUCUGGGCUCCUGGGCCCUUCUUGGGAGGACCAUACCAGCCAGCCUUCGGAGUGCUAGCCUCCUGGGCAGGUGUCGGGUGUGGGGUUGGCCACCCCGCCCCGCCCAGCCCUUCACUCAGGGUACCUGCUCGCUCCUGUGAACACCAGCACAGACCUCCUUGUGCCUCUUUAAUGCAGAGCUGCUACCCCAAGGGCGCUCUCUUGGCCAUACCCUGCAACCAAGUGCCAGCAAGCAGACACGGACACCCUUCUGAACAAUCGUCUCUGGGGUCACUCACCCCUUCCUUAGGUUGGGGAGCCUGGGAAAGCACCCCUCUUCCUUCCCCAAAAGAGGAAAUAAAAGCCACCCUCACUCUAGGGCCAAGCCA